AUGUCCGUCUCUACAGGCUCAGACCCUGCUCCAGGAACGACACGCACGCGCGACCGCCCCGUGAGCGGGAGUCGCCUUCCUUCCGACGUCGACGCGACGAAAGAACGAGUCGGGAGCCCUGCCUCUCAGACUAUCAGCGGACGGGAUCUGGAGAAGAUACCGCGACUGCAAGACCCGUACGUGCCCGUCGCGCUCGUCGGCACGUCGUGGUUCGGCCGGCGGUCGCUCGAGAACGUCGUCGUCUUCGGCGACUCGUACAGCGCCGGCGCCGCGCUCGAGGUCCCCGAAGGAGGGGACGGCACGGGCGAGCGCGAGCAGGGAGCCCCAGUCGUGUGGGAGCGGCUGAAGCGGCCGCCCGUCGCGGGCCGCGUCGAGGUCGCCAACUACGCGUCCGCGUCCGCGCGCGCGGCGGACGACGCCGCGCACGGGCUCGCGGCGCAGGUCGCGCGCUACCUCGACGGGAUCGCCUACCUCCCGACGCCUGGGGGCCCGCGCCGGUCGUGCAGCCGAGCCGGACGACUGCUGUUCUUCGGGGCCGGGGACUGCGUGCGGUCGACCGCGGCGCCGCCCGGCGCGGCAGAGCGGGUGGUGGGCGCGAUGCUCGAGCUGCACGUCAAGGCGCAGGCGCGCAACUUCGUGCUCGUCGACGUGCCCCCGCUGGAGCGCUCCCCCGAAGUCGCGCACGAUACGCACGCCGUCCGCGAGCGCGUGGCGGGCUGGAACAAGGCGCUCUACAAGGCGGCGGCAGAGUUCCCGGCCUGGAGCGAGAAAAUCACGGUGUUCGUGGUCUCCUCGCACCGGACGGUGACGGACGUGCUCGACGACCCCACGGAGUACGAGUUCGAGGUGGAGGACGCGGCCAAGGAGGGAGUCGAUACUGAGCAACCUGUUGAGAGCGAGGGACGCAAGAGGAACUUUGAUAGAUGA